AUGCUAAAGUUUUUGAUUCUAUUGAGCUUUUUAACUGUCGUCUAUUCCUCUAAACAAUCAGUGACUGCUGAGGGAAAGGUUGUCUGUAAUGGAAAAGAGUAUAAGGAUGCGAAGAUCAAGAUCUAUGAAGAGGAUCCAUUACAUGAUGACGAGUUAGCUAGAGUGUACUCCGAUCGUGAUGGUCAUUUCAAACUUGGCGGCUCUCAAUCAGAAUUCCUCGGUAUCAACGCUCAUCUCAACAUCUACCACAAAUGUGGAAUGCCUUUAUUGAAAAGACUCAUUCCCACCUGUUACUACAAAGCAAAGUUCCCAAUUCCAAGCCGAUUUAUCUCAACGGGAACCAUUGCUCAAGAUGUCUUCAACACUCAAACGAUUGAGCUUUCUCUCUACACAAAGGAUACUGAUUAGCAAAUUGUGAAAUUGGCGUUUCGAACAAGCUUUGAUGGUGGAGAGACUUUUGAGAUUUUUCGAGGAUACAAUCCAAAGCAAUCAACAACAUUUCAAAAUCUUACAAAAGGAAAUGAAACGACUUUUACAGAAUGGCUUCGUUUCGGUGGUGAAUUGAGAAGAAAUUUCACGUUUCAUCUAGCCAAAGAGGACGAUCGAAUCGAGAGUUCCGAGGGGAUUUUUAUACUCGAUUAUCGAAGAUCUAAAGAAAUUGAAACCGAGGCCACACAAAUCCUACCGAUGCUCCUUCAACCCGUUUUCACCAUUUAUCUCAAUCCAAAAGUAAAAAGAAACAAUGCUGAGUUAGGAAAAAUCACUUUUGGAUCGAAUAAUGAAAGAGAUUGUGGCUAUCCGAAUCAAUGGAUUCAAAUUCAACCACCAAAGUCGGAGUUUGGUUGGAAGGUUGCUUUGAAGAGUGCGUCGGUGGGCUGCGUAAAAUUCGACAAAUUGGAGGCGGCAGUGAUUCACGUUGAGAGAGACAAUAUUGAGGUUCCACCAGAGCUCUUCCGAAUCAUCCUUGAGAAGACUCAUUCUCGCUACAAGAAAUUCCGUUUCAGGAGAGGGCUUCAGCAGCACAUGGUUCCUUGUGAUAUGAAAGAGAUUGGUCCCUCUCUCAAUUUCACUCUUGAUCAAACAAUCAUCUCGAUUCCUCCACAACAGUACAUUCAAGAGAGCGGUUUCUACGAUGGUUGUGCUUUGAAGCUGAUUCCAGGACCGAGAAAGUCAAAAAUUGUGCGUUUGGGUCGGCCAUUUCUCAGACAAUAUUGCACGACUUUUAAUUAUCAAGGUUUGAUCGGUUUCACUGAAACACGCAAUGAUGAGCUCAUCGAU